CCCUUCCAUAGACAAUAUUUAUAACAAGCAGGGUUUCAAGUGUGGGUGUCGUGUUGGUUGAGUAUAACACUUUGUCAGAAAGAACGUUCUGUAAAUAUAAAGUAACAACAGUUGAAAAAAUAGUAAAAGUGUCCCAAACAGUCCCAGAUACAAUUCAGAUUCAAGGCUAUAGGACUGGUUAUUUUUCAGUGGGUAGAACAACAUGCGUAUCUUUACACCAAAAUGUGGUAAAUGGACCCUCUUGGGAUUCGCAAUCUUUUUUGUUCUAAUUUCAAUCGUCUUAAUCUUCUUCACAGAUGAUAUAGUAGAUGCCGUGAAAGAUCAGCAAUUUAAUCUAGGUUCUGAUGACACGAUGGUCUACGGUUUUUGGGAGGUAACCCCAAUACCGUUGUACAUGAACAUCUACCUCUUCAACUGGACCAACCCACAAGAAGUUAUAGAUUCGAAAUGGACCAUCAAACCCAGUUUUACCCAAAUGGGUCCUUACAGCUUCCACGAGAAACACUAUCGUAAACAUGUGAAAUUCAACGACAAUCAUACACUCACGUACCAGACCCAACGAAUAUGGAAUUUCGCACCAGAAAGAUCUGCGGGUUCUUUAGAUGACCUCGUAACAACCAUCAAUCCAGUCUUGGUCACAAUAUCCAAUAUAGUCAAAUAUAAACACCCAAUUGCAAAACUUGCCGCUAAUGGUCUUUUUAAAGAACGGGCAGUAACACAUACAGUCACAAAAACGGCACAGGAAUUUAUUUUUGACGGGUACGAUGAUGCUAUGUUUCGUAUACUUAAGAAGCUUCGUCUAAGACAUAUAAAGAUACCUUACGGAUUGAAAUUUGGAUGGUUUGCUGAUAGGAACGGGUCGCUAACUUACGAUGGUACUUUUAAUAUGUAUGACGGUAGUGACGAUAUUCGCAAACUGGGAAGAAUAACGUCUUGGAACUAUGACAGUCAGGAUCAUUUUCCAAGUUAUUGUGGCCGGGUGAACGGUACAAGUGGCGAACUGUUCUAUCCAGUAUUAGAUGAUCAAUCUGUACAAAUUUUUUCCAACGAUCUUUGCAGUACGAUAAGUCUUGACUGGGAAGGCACGCAAGAAAUUCUAGACAUAGAAGGCCACAAGUUCGUUAUAAAAGAAAAAGAAUUCGACAAUGGCACUAAAUACCCAGAAAUGGCAUGUUUCAGUCCUGGGGACGUCCUUCCGAACGGUUUACGAAACGUCACAGACUGCUAUUUCGGAGCGCCGGCAUUUCUCUCUGGACCUCACUUUUAUCUAUCUGAUCCAGUCUACAGAGACGCGAUUGAUGGUAUGCAGCCCGACGCAGAUGAACACGGGAUAACCGUAGUAAUAGAGCCCGAAACGGGUAUUCCUUUGCAUGCGAAAGUGGCGAUGCAAAUAAAUCUAAGGGUUGAAAACAUCGAGAGGAUAAAUCUGUUGGAAAAUGCUAAAGAGUACUUUUUACCUGUCGUGUGGUUUAAAGAAGAAGCAGAAAUGAGUGACGAUUUGGGAUACCUAAUUAGUUUACUGCUUAGAGCACCAACGAUUGGUCAGGACACUGGGUUUGGUGUUUUGGCACUUGGGUGCAUUCUUUUUGGUAUUUUUGGUUUUAUCGUUUAUAAUAAGAUAUGGUAAUAAAGAGCGUUUAAUGGAUUAUUCUCCUCUUAAAAGUGCCAGUAUUAGUAUUUAGUAAUACCGUAUAUGUUCAGGCUGUGAUAGCGUAACUACCUGUUCAUCUUACAAUAAGAUCAAAAAGGGCAUUUCUAUUGCAUAUUUACAUUAUAUUUACUUUUAAUAAAUUUGUAAAAAUCUUGUCUAAGUUUUUUUUGUGUUUGGAAAAAAAUAUAUACAUUCAAAAUCGAAAA